UGGGUCAGGUUUCCAGACCUCAGCGCUCAGAUUUUGCAGCAUAAAUUUGCAUCCAGGACAGACAAGAGCGGAGGCUGAGUUGCAGGAUGUCGAUGACAGACUUGCUCAACGCGGAGGACAUCAAGAAGGCAGUGGGGGCCUUUACCGCUGUCGACUCCUUCGACCACAAAAAGUUCUUCCAAAUGGUCGGCCUGAAGAAAAAGAGCCCGGAUGACGUAAAGAAGGUGUUCCACAUCCUGGAUAAAGACAAGAGCGGCUUCAUCGAGGAGGAUGAGCUGGGGUUCAUCCUCAAGGGCUUCUCCCCUGAUGCCAGAGACCUGUCUGUGAAAGAAACCAAGACGCUGAUGGCCGCUGGAGACAAGGAUGGGGACGGCAAGAUUGGGGUCGAUGAAUUCUCCUCUCUGGUGGCCGAAAGCUAAGAGGGCUCUGAGCGCCCCGGGUCUUCCACCCCUCUGCCCCAAACACCCAAUCUCAGCCCCUCUUGCCGCCUCCCUGCGUUUCUGUUCAGUGUGUUCAUGUUAUUUUUUACUCCCCCCACCCCGGUCCCCUGUGGCCCUCAAAUGACAUCAUUCUUCUGAAAAAUGCUGGAGAAACAAUAAAGGCUGAACCAGUCAGA